CCGGCACCCACAACUUCGACCUCCCUGAUCGCAAUGCUCGCUCACCGCUUGACCAAACUCACCCGCUGCGUAGCUGUACCGCACCACACACGCGCCCUAUCCGUGUUGGAGCGCUUCACAAACCCGCAGCCUGAGACUCCGAGCGAGAUCUGGCGCUCUGUGGGUGCUGUGUGCUUUGACGUCGACAGCACUGUGUGCGAGGACGAGGGCAUUGACGUGCUCGCUGAGCACUGCGGUGCUGGUCAGGCUGUCAAGGAGUGGACCACCAAGGCGAUGAAUGGAAACGUCAAGUUUGAAGACGCACUUGCAGCCCGGCUGGACAUUAUCAAGCCGUCGAGGCAAGAUAUCCAGGACUGCUUGAAGCAGCACCCGCCCAAGUUCACACCAGGAAUCAAGAAGCUCAUGAAGACGCUGCAGGAGAAGGGCAUUGCCGUGUUCCUUGUAUCUGGUGGCUUCCGCCUCAUGAUUGAGCCUGUCGCCGAGGAGGUGGGUAUCCCUUUGUCCAGCAUUUACGCAAACUCCAUCUUCUUCGACGACGACGGAAACUACAGCGGCUUCGACGAUGCGGAGCUCACGUCACGUGACGGAGGCAAAGCCCAGGCUAUUGACGUCAUUAAGCGGAUCCACGGCUUCGAGAAGAUCGCCAUGGUCGGCGACGGUGUUACGGAUCUCCAGGCUCGCCCACCUGCCGACCUGUUUGUAGGUUUCGGAGGCAUCGUCACCCGUGACGUCGUAAAGGAAGGAGCUGAUCUUUUCGUAACGGACUUCGACCACUUGACCAAGUUGUUGCAGUAG